AUGGAAGCCUGGCAAUCCGUCCUCGUUUCUCUAGUCAUAGUUUGCACCAUCUUGGCCGGUGGCUAUGUUGCUUACGAGCAGGGCAUGUUUGACCCGCUGAUUGAAAAGAUUGGUGUCAUGAUGUUCAAGGCUAAGGCUGAAGCCGAGAAGGAGAAGUACCAAGCCCAAGGGCUCAAGGCCGGCGAGGACUUUGUCGACGGUAAGCAGCCGCAGGCCCCUUUCACGUUCCAUUUCCCUGUGAUCUCCAAAGAGAACUUCCCGAUGCAGGAACCUUCAAAAGUGCUGUAUUCGUUAAACGAAAUAAAGAGAAUUGCUAGCUAA